CUUUUCCUUUUCCUAGUUCCGAGAGAGAAAGGAUGGGGAGGGAGAGGGAGAGAGAGGGCGGGAUGAGAGAGGAGGUCAUAAGCUCGGGGACGGUGGAUCCCUUCGCGCUCGCCAGGUCUUCUUCUCCUCCUCCGACACCAGCCGCGAGUUCUGCUGGGGCAUCCUCAGCUGCUGCUCCAACCAAUAUGCCCAGCAUUGAUUGGCAUGGUAGUGCUCAUGGUUCCAAAGCAGGUUCUUUGUCCUGUUUUGGUCCCCAACCCAUUCGGACUUCUUUAAGCACAAAUGCUGGUGGCUCUUCUCUGGGCUCCUCACUACCUUCAUGCAGACCAUGGGAACGAGGUGAUCUACUUCGGCGUCUCGCCACAUUUAAGCCUUCAAAUUGGUUUGCAAAACCAAAGGCAGCCAGCUCGUUGGCUUGUGCUCGAAGAGGUUGGAUGAACACUGAUAUGGACAGAAUUGAAUGUGAAUCAUGCGGUGCGCAACUCAAAUUUAAUGUAUUAGCAUCCUGGACAACUUCUGAAGUUGAUCAUGCUGGGGAAGUAUUUGCAGAACAGCUUGAUGCAGGCCACAAAGUUACUUGUCCUUGGAGAGGGAAUUGCUGUGCUGACAGCUUGGUGCAGUUCCCUCCAACUCCUCCAUCGGCACUUAUUGGGGGUUAUAAAGAUCGGUAUGAUGGGCUUUUGCAAUUUCACUCCCUUCCAGUAAUAGCUUCAUCUGCAGUUGAGACUAUGAGGCUCACAAGGAGUAGUCAAACUGAUCGCCUUCUGUCACAAGCACAUACAUUUUUUUCUGGGGAAUUAGGCUGUAAAGCAGAUAGCACACCAGGAUUAGAAAUCCCUCGAGAUGAUUCCUUUUGGAGCCAUUCUCAUAAGCUUAUAAGCCUGUGUGGAUGGGAGCCUAGAUGGCUUCCAAAUGUUCAAGACUGUGAAGAGAAUUCAGCUCAUUCUGCUAGAAAUGCAUGCUCAGUUGACCCGACCGAAGAUGAAUUUCAUCAUUCUCACUUUCCCCAACUUAGUAAGAAUGCAUUCCUUGUCUCAGUAAAGAAAGAUGCUGGAAAGAAGUUGAAGACUGCUAAAGAAUCUAGGUGCAGCAUGAGAUCUCCAUUACUAGAUUGCAGCUUAUGUGGGGCUACUGUCAGAAUCUGGGAUUUCCACACAGUGCCUCGUCCUACAUGUUUUGGCCCCAAUGCUGAUACUCCUGAUGUGGGCAAGAAAAAGUCAUCGACACGUGGAGUUAGUGCAGCCAGUGCAAUCAAUGGAUGGGUUGCUGCUGAGGAAAUGGAGAAGGAGCAGAUUGAGGGUUGUGAUGAAGCAGCAACAACUGAUGAGGGAAAAUCACUAUCAAAUGCUGGCGUGGAUUUGAACCUCAUGAUGUCUGGAGGAUUACCAUCUAUUCAAUCUGGCAUGCCAGCAACAUCACGACAUUUUGAUGAUGGUGGAAUGGGGAGAGAUCUAAUGAUUGGCCAGCCUACUGGUAGUGAGGUUGGUGACCAUGCAGUUUCGCAUGAGUCAUGGGGUCCAAGCACUAGGAAGCGUUGCCUGGAGGAAGGUGGAAGCACAGUUGACAGGCCACAGGACAGGAUUCAGCAGGUUGACAGUGUUGAAGGGACUGUUAUUAACCAUGAUGGUGAUGAAGUUGGUGAUGGUACACAGGAUUCAGAUGGCCCCCACAAACGUGCUCGUGGGUUUGAUAUCUUUGAUACAUACCAUCCAUCAUGCAGGAUAGAUUCUUCUGGUGCUGGUCCUCGUCAUAAUUUAUGCUUUGAUAUAGAUAUAGAUGUCAAUAAAGUUUAUGCCUUUAAAGAAGAGAGUGAUGCAGCUGCUGGCCUCCCAUCCACAAGAGAUUCUGCUCAGGCAUCCUCUGUUAUUGCAAUGGAUACAAUUUAUCAUACCCCUGAGGAGUAUUCUAUGGAAAGUGUUGAGAAUUAUCCAGGAGAUCUUGAUGCUGUUCAAUUUCCCUCUCCAAGCAUGCAGAGGAACUUUGACAUGAAAGAGGCAUUGGAUUUAAAUUACAGCAAUCAAGCACAGCAAAGCACUUGCAUACAACCUGCUGCUGGAAGUGUUGCCAGAGAAAUGGGAGGCAGCAGCACAAAUGAGGGGGAAGAAAUUUUAAAUGCAGAAACGGACACAGCUUAUGCUAAGGACAGAUUUAGUUUAGGAAUUAGUGGAGGGAGUGUUGGUAUGGGUGCAAGUCAUGAAGCUGAAAUCCAUGGAGCUGAUGUUUCUGUGCAUAGAGCAAAUAGCUCCGUUGAUGAUGCAGAACCAAUCCCUGAAGUCACUGAGAAUCUGAGGCAGACUGGUGAAUCAGCUCGAGGACCUGGACUAAUAGAUGGUUAUGUCCCAGAAGAAACUGGUAGAGAUGAUCCUCACGGUGAUAGUCAAGACAUGAUGUCUCGAUCGGUAGGAAGAGCUGAUAGUGGGCCAAAAAUUUAUGGUUCAACAAAAUCUGAUUCUGUUGAAAGUGGGAAGAAGAUUAGCCAUACCUUGGGUCAGGACAGCAAUGCCAAUCCUUCACUUUCUUGUAAUGCAAUAAAACAUUCCAAUUAUGAAGCAUCCAAAGAGGAGGUGACUCAGACUGGCAAGGCAUCUGCCACUGAUGAUCGUACACUCCUGGGAUCAGAUUAUGUUCCUGAAAAUGGGACAGGAACAGCAAAUGGAGAGAAUGACUAUGAAGCAGAAGCUGGAGAAUUUGAUCCAAUUAAGCAUCAUAGCAGUUAUUGUCCUUGGGUAAAUCGAAAUGUUGCAGCUGCUAGUUCUGAAAGCGACAGUGGUUCAAGUUCCAGCAGUACUGUAGCUCUUUGUGGUUGGCAGCUUACGCUGGAUGCUUUAGAUACUUUUCAAUCCCUUGGGCAUGUUCCUAAUCAAACAAUGCAGUCCGAGUCUGCAGCUUCUUUGUAUAGGGAUGAUCAUGUAACUCCUAGCCAGAAACUUUUGACACACUAUUCUGUGAGUAAAAGCCAGGGAAAACACUGACCGAAAUUUAAUUAAGCACUAGGUCAGCUGGGCUGCCGCAGGAAGGAGAAGCAGAGCAUGCGAUUUCCGAUAAGGGAAGAACGCACCACGUUUGUUUUUAGACUGUGUACUAUGUAUUCUCAAUAACUCCCCGCAACUUUUCAGGGCUGUGACUAGCAUACAUCUAAUUGUGCUGUAAACCAGGAUUUCAUGCACAUCCUAAGUUAAUCUUUUAAAGAAUCUAAGGCAAGCCACUCUAGUUCUUGCUUCAAUUCCCAUUUCA